GUUUCAAAGAAGAUUCUACUCCCAACUUUAUCUCCACCUCUUCAUUAAUAUCCAACACAGUCUAUGCAGCCUCCUUCCCAACUUCGACUUCCCCGUUCCCCAAAAGAUCGAAGUCCGCUCAGACAAGGCGAAUUGAUAUACCCCAUUCCGCCGAUAUUCCCCAAAACCGGGCUCCCGCGCCAAAAGAUGUACCAGUAGCAAAGUAUCGAGAUCCACGAAUCGGCAGAAUUACCCCACACUCAGAACCUCUUUAGCCACCAGCAAGGGUCCGCCCUGUAUCCGCAAUGGCAGUGCCAUUGGUGGACCACCUGGAAAGUUCCCUUAUGAAAUGGGUUCCCCAUCUCGUGAUGAGUAGGCUCGGGAUAAGAACUGGCGACGUCCAUCACGAAAUUAUGAUUCACUCCGCAGGAAAGUUCCAUUCAUUCAACCUUUAUAAGAGCCGGUCUUUACUCCCAGAGAUUCUUUAUCUCCUUACUUUCGCUACCUUUUGUUUCAUCUUCACUCCGUUGUUGCAGUUCUGCACAUUGUUAAGAAUCUGAUAUUUGUUGCUAUCGUCCGUACACCCAGCUGUACUUUAUAUCUUCCACAAUGAAGGCCUUUUACAUCACCUUCCCAGCUCUGCUGGCUGCUCUCGCUUCAGCUGCUCCAGCCGAGGAAGUCGAGAAGCGAGCGAUUCCAAAUAUCUACAUGGUGGGCGACUCAACCAUGGCAUAUGGAGGAGGAGGAAGAGGAACAAAUGGCUGGGGUGUCUGGUUGCCCUUCUACGUCAAGAACGCCCAGAUCGUCAACGACGCCAUUGCAGGCGAGUCAGCACGCUCCUACACCGACCAAGGACACUUCACAGCUCUCGUCAAAAAAGUCGUCCCCGGCGACUACGUGAUCAUCGAGUUCGGACACAACGACAGCGGUUCCCUCUCCAAAAACGACAACGGCCGGUCUGACUGCCCCGGCUCCGGCACCGAAAAAUGCGUCACACCCGCAGGUGUCGUCGUCGAAACAUAUAUCACAUACUUGACCAAUGCAGCCAAAUCACUCAUCGCUAAAGGCGCAAAAGUCAUCAUCUCCUCGCCGACUCCGAACAAUAUCUGCGAAGGAACGACCUGCUCGUAUGCUCCUUCGCGCUUCACGGCGUAUGGAAAGCAGGUUGCCAAGAAUGCGGGGGACCACGCUAGUUUCAUCGAUCAUGGACAGUACCUUGCCAAUGAGUAUAUCCGCCUUGGAAAGACGAAGGUCGAUACCUUCUACCCUGUUGACCAUACACAUACCAGUUCUACAGGCGCCAUGGUUGUUGCGGAUACUUUUGCGCAGGCUGUGGUGUGUGGAAAUGGUGUUUUAGCUCCGUAUAUCAAGAAUAGUGUCACAUGUGCUUAGGUGGAAAGGAUAUCAGCACAGGAUGGAGGGACUCGGUUAGUCGCUGCAUAUUGAGCUGGCAGAGUACACUGAGCAUUCGAUUGUAUAUAUUCAGUUGUACAGAAUGUACAGAAAAGAACAUUUAACAAACACAUAUUUUCUGUAGUCGACG